AUGACCUUUGAGGAUCUCUACACUCACGGACAGCAAAUCACACUGGUCAGCGUUGAGGAUCAUGUGUUCCCCCGAUGGCAUUACCGAAGGAUUCUCACCGCUGGAGACGCAGCUCACAAGGCCCACACCAUCAGUGCACAUGGAGGCAACGGCGCCAUGAAAACGUCCGCUGUCCUGGUCAAUGCGCUCCGGCGCAAGCUGAAGGACACGUCGCACGAUGCCAAGCUGACAGAAAGCGAUAUUUCCGACAUUUUCGCCGAAGCCCAGGAGGCCCGCUUCGGUCGUGCCAUCGCCGCUAUUGUCGUCGACUACUUCUUCCCCCGUUACGGCCAGCGGAUGAUCUUUAGCCUCAUUGUCAAGACCACGGCGGGAGCUCCGACGAUUGACGACAUCCCUGUGCUGACAAGACACGUAUAA